AUGGAAGAACUACUCCAAUUCAUGGACGAAGACGACGACAUCAUUGCCUCCCUCCAAACAAGCAUUGCUUUAAUUAUGAAGACACAAGAAAAAAAGAAGCACGGCGGUUCAACACCUGGACGAAGGGAAAUCCAUUGGAAUCGACUUGAAGGACAUCAGCAGCUAUACAAUGACUACUUCGCUGAGGACGCUAUAUAUCCUGAUUAUCUUUUCCGCCGUUGUGGGAUACUUUAUGGGUUCCCAUCCAACAACUUCAAAAAUUUAUAG